ACAACCCGUAACUUCCACUCUCAACUGCACAAGUACACCCAUAUCCAAGCCUGUAAACAAAAACAGCUGUAAGGUCACGCCCGUAAUUCCGGCGAAGAUCGAGCCCUGGUUUAAUUCAUUUAAUUAUAAUAAAUUUAUUGAAGAUCCAACUUUGCCAUCCAGAAAUUCCCCAAUUUCCCAGCGACGACUCUUCGAAGAAAACUGAAUUUACAGGAGAAGAAAAAAAAAAAAAAAAAAACAAGAAUCUAGAGAGAGAAAAACACAGAAGCCAGAAAGAGAAAGCGUGUGUUUCUGUUAGUGUUGCUGUGGUGCAGGCAUUAAUGGCGGAGGAUAAAAAGGAAAAGAAAUCGAGCGAAGAGAGCGUCAAGUUGUUUGUUGGUCAAGUACCCAAGCACAUGACGGAAGUUCAACUUCUCGCAAUGUUUAAAGAGUUUGCUUUGGUCGACGAGGUUAACAUCAUCAAAGACAAAACUACUCGAGCAUCUAGAGGUUGUUGUUUUGUAAUUUGCCCGUCCAGGCAAGAAGCAGAUAAGGCGGUUAAUGCUUGCCAUAACAAGAAGACAUUGCCUGGGGCAUCUAGCCCGUUGCAAGUGAAGUAUGCAGAUGGCGAGUUGGAAAGGCUAGAGCACAAACUCUUUGUUGGUAUGCUUCCAAAAAAUGUUUCUGAAGCUGAAGUAUCUGAAUUAUUCUCUACUUAUGGAACUAUAAAGGACCUACAAAUUCUAAGAGGUUCCCAGCAAACGAGCAAAGGAUGUGCCUUUUUGAAGUAUGAGACGAAAGAACAAGCCCUUGCUGCUCUGGAGGCCAUCAAUGGAAAGCAUAAAAUGGAGGGUUCAAGUGUUCCCUUGGUUGUGAAAUGGGCAGACACGGAAAAGGAAAGGCAGGCUCGUAGGGCUCAGAAAGUACAAUCUCAGGCUUCUAACCUGCCAAAUGCUGAUUCACAACAUCCUUCAUUGUUUGGAGCCUUGCCAAUGGGGUAUGUCCCCCAAUAUAAUGGAUAUGGAUACCAGGCUCCUGGAACUUAUGGACUUAUGCCGUACCGCUUGCCACCUUUGCAGAGUCAACCUGCUUUUCAUAGUAUUAUUCCUCCAGUAAAUCAAGGAAAUGCAUUGCGUGGCGGAGUCAGACCUGAUCUUGGUCCCAGUAUGGGCCCCAGAAAUUAUGCAUUGCCUCCUGCAAGUUAUGUUGGCUCUGCUUAUCCUGCGGUACCAGGUAUUCAGUAUCCCAUGGCAUAUCCUGGAGGAAUGAUGAGUCCCCGGCCUUUAAGUAGUUCACCUGGUGCAGUGUCUCCUACAGUUGGAAGCAGCAAUUCUGCAACAUCUUCAGGUGUCAGUUCAAGUUCAGGCGGUCAGUUAGAAGGUCCCCCUGGUUCUAACCUAUUCAUAUAUCACAUACCGCAAGAAUUUGGUGACCAAGAGCUUGCCAGUGCAUUUCAACCAUAUGGUAAAGUCUUGAGUGCUAAGGUGUUUGUCGACAAAGCAACUGGUGUUAGCAAAUGUUUUGGAUUUGUUAGUUAUGACUCACCGACAGCGGCUCAAACUGCAAUCAAUAUGAUGAAUGGAUGCCAAUUAGGUGGUAAGAAAUUGAAAGUUCAGCUUAAGAGAGACAAUAAACAGAGUAAACCUUAUUGAUCAGAAGGUGAGUCAUGGAAGCAAGCAGAAUUCUGUGAUACGUGGUCGCAUUCAACCUGGAUUUAUGGGAGUGACUGCAGUAUCAACAUUUGUGGUGGAUCGGUUAUAUGUGGCUAUGUGCAUUAUUCCACCUGUGUAAUUGCUUCAUGGGAUUGAAUUCCCCAAAACUUGUAAUUCAUGGUGCCUUCGGCACCAAUACGAUUUGUAAUUUGUGUACCAUGGAAGUUCUUUUAGAGAUCAAUUAUUAAUUUAUUGAUUUUUCCCUCGAGAACCUCUGUUAAUAUAAUGUCAGCAGAAACAUCCAUUAGUGGAUGACCCUUUAUUCUUCUUA